CGUAAUGUUAUGGCAAGGAAGAGGAGAAAGAUCUGAAAUUUUGAAUUAGUUAACUGUGUGCGGUGUGCCAAAUCAUUAUAGGCACAGUUGAUCUGUCACAUUAUCAAGAUUUGAAGAAACAGAGGAUGGUUCUUAUGCGUGAGCCAAAUAUAGCUAUUCUUUGGGGAGAAUCAGUGGCUGGAAGAAAGGAAUACACACACUUGCACCUCUUGACCAGAAAUGAGGAAAAAUGGAUUGCCCACACGGGAGGAACAUUUGGCUCUGCAAAAAGAAUAGAAAACAACAAUGGCAGAUAAGAAAAGUCAAGGAGAUGACGGAGACCUCAAUUUAUCAGAAAAUGGUGACAGAUCAGAUUCUGAGUAUGAGGAAGACGAGAGUAUGUAUGAAGAAGAGGGCGAUGGCGACUAUUAUGAACAAGAAUCGGGAGAGUACCGUCAAUGGCCUCAAAGUUUCAGGGAAACAACUGAUAUCUUUACAAUUACUGCAUCUCCUAGUAUGGCAUCCUGCAUAAUGCGUGGAACUAGUAUUUUGUCAAGUCCUGACAUCCACGGUGUUAGUACCUUGGAUGCUACCCAGAGGGUUCCUUUGUUGGCCGACCUUGAAAAUGCAUUUCAAAGAAGAGACCCAGAAAGGUCUUCAAAAUUACCUACACGGUUACAACCUUCAUAUUUACAGAAGUCGACAUUGUAUAAGCAACAAACUGCAGAACUUCCCAUCAGCCAUGGAUGUACACUAGUACAAACUAUUUUCAAUGGCAUAAAUGUUAUGGCGGGUGUGGGACUUCUGUCAACACCAUUUACUGUGAAGGAAGCUGGUUGGGCAAGUUUAGCAGUGCUUCUUCUUUUUUCUGCUGUCUGUUGUUAUACAGCCACUUUGAUGAGGAGGUGCUUUGAAACCAAUUAUGGUAUCUGGACCUUUGCUGAUAUGGGAGAAGCUGCAUAUGGGAAAUGGGGGCGUAUAUUAGUAUCUAUCAUUUUGUACUUGGAGCUAUAUUCGACUUGUGUGGAAUAUGUUAUUUUGGAGGGUGAUAAUCUUACCAGGUUAUUCCCUGGAGCACAGAUUGAUUUGCCUAAUUUCAACUUAGAUUCUCAGCCCUUAUUUGCAACCCUUGCGAUUAUUCUCAUUGUACCAACACUAUGGUUCAAGGAUUUACGGCUGAUCUCUUAUCUUUCAGCUGGAGGGGUAGUUUCAACGGUCAUUGUGGUUCUUUGUCUUCUACUUCUUGGUACAGCAGAGAAGGUAGGGUUUCACCAUACAGGUCAAGUGGUCAACUGGAGAGGUGUCCCUUUUGCCAUUGGUGUCUUUGGUUUCUGCUUUAAUGGGCAUACUGUUUUCCCAAAUAUUUACCAUUCCAUGUCUGAUAAAACCCAAUUUACAAGGGUUUUAAUUAUAUGUUUUAGUUUGUGUGUUCUUAUGUAUGGUGGAGCUGCAGUCAUGGGAUUUAUGAUGUUCGGUCCAGAUACACUGUCACAGAUUACUCUGAACAUGCCUAACCAUUCAGUUCUUUCUAAAAUUGCAGUUUGGACAACAGUUAUGCUCCCACUCUUCAAAUAUCCUUACCUUUAGUAAAUCCACUAAACUCAUGGUUGUUUUUGUACACGGUUGCUUAGUUACUCAGUUCAACUCCUUAAUGCUUCCCAAAUAUGCUUUAUUAAUGAAUCCAUGUGCUCGGAGUAUAGAAGAACUGCUGCCUAAUGGUUUGUCUGGUAGCUUUUGGUGUUUCAUUCUGCUAAGGACUAUCCUGGCAAUCUCUACCCUUUUUGUGGCUUUCUUGGUGCCCUUUUUUAGUACGAUGAUGGCUCUUGUUGGUUCUCUUUGUAGUGUACUUAUGGCUGUUAUAAUGCCAUCAUUGUGUUUCUUGAAAAUUGUAGGCGACAAGGCAACUAACAGACAGGUCAAGAUUAGCAUUGCAAUUGUAAUAUUGGGCAUAAUCUGCUGUGCCGUUGGAACUUACAGUUCGGUUUCAAGAAUGCUGCAGAAAUACUGAUACAGAUCAAUGUUGCCAAUUGCCUGCCGUUCUCUUCUUCAUGGCUGGAGCUUUUCUCGUCCACAGAUUCAAGCGUUUGAGUAUUUGUUUUGAGACCCAUGAAUUUAAGUGUCCUUAGGGGCUGUUUGGUUCAAGAAUUGACAAAGUACUUGAGGAAUAGUAUUACAUUGCUGAUAAGUAGUAACCCA